AUGAUGGUCCCAGUGCUCCUCUUCCUGUUGCUUCCUGUGGCGAUCCUCUCACUUCCUGUGCGGUUCGAGCCCAUGGACUGUGAGGAUAUCUACAUAAAUGACUCUACACACAGUGGGGUGUACACCAUCUUCCCUGCUGGACAGCCUACUCCUGUCAAGGUCUUCUGUGACAUGGGGUGUGAGGAGGACAGUGAUGGAGGAAGGUGGACAGUGAUUCAGAGGAGGAUGGAUGGCUCUGUGAACUUCUACAGACCCUGGGAACAGUACAAGAACGGCUUUGGGAAUGUAUCUGGAGAGUACUGGCUGGGACUAGAGAACAUCUUCCUUCUCACUUGGGCAAAGAAGUAUGAGCUGAAGGUGGACAUGGAGGACUUUGAGGGGGGGAAGGUCCACGCCCGAUACUCCACGUUCUCUAUCGAUUCUGAGGAAAAAGGGUACAAACUGAACAUCGGCAGCUACGUUGACGGAGGAGCAGGAGAUGCUUUAAGCUAUCACAAUGGGAGGAUGUUUUCCACCUUUGACAAGGACCAGGAUAGCUACUACUACUACAAUUGUGCUGAAAGACAGCAGGGAGGAUUCUGGUUUAGAAGCUGCGGCAAUGUAAAUCCCAAUGGCUUGUACAUGUGGGGGCACACAAACAGCUACGAAGCCGGUGUCAGAUGGCAGACCUGGAGGAGUUCCUACUCCCUGAAGGCCAUCACCAUGAAGAUCAGACCCUUGUCUCUGGAUGAUGUGGAGGAGUAGGAGGAGCUGCUUCUGC